AUGGUCGGCCCGUGGAUGCCCCAACUCCUGUCCCGGACGGUGAUCCUGGCGCUCUUUUUCCUUCCCCAGGCGCGGCCGGCCGGCGUCUUCGAGCUUCAGAUCCACUCUUUUCGGCCGGGACCAGGCCCGGGGGCCCCCAAGCCCCCCUGCAGCGCCGGGGGGCCCUGCCGCCUCUUCUUCAGAGUCUGCCUGAAGCCAGGGGUCUCCGAGGAGGCCGCGGAGUCUCCGUGCGCCCUGGGUGCGGCGCUGAACGCGCGUGGACCGGUCUACACCGAGCAGCCCCGGGCUCCAGCGCCUGACCUGCCGCUGCCCGCCGGCCUCAUGCGCGUGCCCUUCCGGGAUGCCUGGCCAGGCACCUUCUCUCUCAUCAUUGAAACCUGGAGAGAAGAGUUAGGAGAGCAGAUUGGAGGUCCCGCCUGGAGCCUGCUGGCGCGCGUGGCCGGCCGGCGCCGCCUGGCGGCCGGGAGCCCUUGGGCUCAGGACGUGCAGCGCGCAGGCGCCUGGGAGCUGCGCUUCUCCUACCGAGCGCGCUGCGAGCCGCCGGCCGUCGGGGCCGCGUGCGCGCGCCUCUGCCGCUCGCGCAGCGCCCCCUCGCGGUGCGGCCCGGGACUGCUCCCCUGCGUGCCGGUCGAGGACGAGUGCGAGGCGCCGCCGGCAUGCCGAGCUGGCUGCAGCCCGGAGCAUGGCUUCUGUGAGCGGCCUGAUGAAUGUCAAUGCCUGGAGGGUUGGACUGGGCCUCUCUGCACAGUCCCUGUGUCCACCAGCACCUGUCUCAGCUCCAGGGGCCCGUCCUCGGCUGUCACUGGAUGCCUCGUCUCCAGUCCUGGGCCCUGUGAUGGGAAUCCGUGUGCCAAUGGGGGCAGCUGUAGUGAGACACCCGGGUCCUUCGAAUGUGCUUGUCCCCGUGGGUUUUACGGGUUGCAGUGUGAGGUGAGCGGGGUGACAUGUGCUGAUGGACCUUGUUUCAAUGGUGGCUUGUGUGUGGGAGGUGCAGACCCCAAUUCUGCCUACAUAUGCCACUGCCCGCCUGGGUUCCAAGGCUCCAACUGUGAGAAGAGGGUGGACCGGUGCAGCCUGCAGCCCUGCCGGAAUGGCGGGCUCUGCCUGGACCUGGGCCACGCCCUGCGCUGCAGCUGCCGCGCCGGCUUCGCGGGGCCACGCUGCGAGCACGACUUGGACGACUGCGCCGGCCGCGCCUGCGCCAACGGCGGCACGUGCCUGGAAGGCGGUGGCGCGCGCCGCUGCUCCUGCGCACUAGGCUUCGGCGGCCGAGACUGCCGCGAGCGCGCCGACCCCUGCGCCGCGCGGCCCUGCGCCCACGGCGGCCGCUGCUACGCCCACUUCUCCGGCCUGGUCUGCGCCUGCGCGCCCGGCUACAUGGGCGCGCGCUGCGAGUUCCCCGUGCGCUCGGACGGCGCGGACGACGACGACAGCGCAGGCGCGUUGCCCGCGGCCCCGCCAGGCCUCAGGCAGGGUGACCCACAGCGCUUCCUUUUGCCGCCGGCCUUGGGGCUGCUGGUGGCCGCCGGGUUGGCCGGCGCUGCGCUCCUGUUGGUCCAUGUGCGACGCUGUGGCCCUGGCCGAGAGACUGGGUCUCGCUUGCUGGCGGGGACCCCGGAGCCAUCGGUCCUGGCGCUCCCUGAUGAACUCAACAACUUGAGGACGCAGGAGGGUUCCGGGGAUGGCCGGAGCGCUUCGGUAGACUGGACUCUCUCUGAAGAUGGAGACUCAGGAGAGAUUUACAUCAUCUCUGCUCCUUCGGCCUAUGCUCGGGAGGCCUGACCUGCUCCUUCUCCAUCAGUGCCCGGAGACAGAGCCUGGAUAUUUUUGUAUUUACUUGAUGGUGCCCAACCAAUCUCUGUCUCAGAUACUUUGGAGUUCAAGCUGGA